AUGUCUUUAUCAAAGUUACCAAAUGUUCCCUCUGAAGCACCUCAAGUGAGUCGACGACCUCGGGGUAGAAUUAAUAAAAGAGCCUGCGAAAAAUGUCGCCAAUUAAAGAUACGGUGUGAUGGCGACGCACAAGAAGGUAGUGUCUGCAGCAAUUGUGAUAAAGGUAGUUGUGUCUACGACCAGUCUCCACGUAAAAAUCGCCAGGUUGAGAAAUUGAAGACUCAAGUCAACGAUCUGGAAUCAAAUAUAAAACAAAUCUCAAAUAAUUUCGAAAAUCAAAAUUUCCAACUUGAAGUAUUAAGAAUGGAAAAAAAAAUCUUGUCUCUAUUGAUUAAUUGUCAAACUUAUUUUUACGAAGCGCAAUCAACUUUUAGCCAAUUGGUGCAAUGUAUGGAAGAGAGCAGAUGUCUAUCCAUUUUUUUACCUAUAAUAAGAGAUUUACUUUUGUUAAUAUCAAACGAGAAUCAAGGCAUCAUCAUUAGCUGUUUGAAGAUGAUCGCUGAAAGUACUUUACGUUGUUGUGAACAAGAUUCUUCAUUAGGGAGCGAGUAUCCCGAAGAAUGGACAAAAGAAAUAUUAAAUUUUGUAGCAAACAAUAACCUUUCCGUAUCUGUGACCAACAACGCCACAAAUAAUCUUUCUGUUGUUAGUAACACCACAAAUAAUCUCUCUGUUGUUAAUAACAACACAAAUAAUCUCUCUGUUGUCAACAACACCACAAAUAAUCUCUCUGUUGUCAACAACACCACAAAUAAUCUCUCUGUUAUCAACAACACCACAAAUAACCUCUCUGUUGUCAAUAACAGCACCAAUACCCUUUCCAUACCCACUACCAAUAACGCUACCACAAAUCUAAGAAUGAUUUCAAGAGCAGUUUCUCCGUCAGAUUCAAUGUCUACUAUUGUUUCAUCAUCAAGUCCAAUAGUUGAUGGUGAUGGAUUAGAAAUUAAUAAUAUUAAUAUGCUUGAAUUUCAUAAUGGUCAGGUUCCAUUACCAUCAUCUUCCUUCAUACAACAUACCGAUCCUUAUUAUCCAAUCGAUAAUAUCAACAAUGAUUCUAAUCAUUCAAAUAAUUCAAAUAAUUCUUCUGAAAAUGUCGACUAUGCUUCUUUUCUUAAUUUAGAUCCAAAUAGUGGUAGUUGGCAGUUAUAA